GAGGCGGAGCGAGGAGCGGUGACAGUGGCCCGCGGCCGCAUCCGCCUCUCAUCCGCGGGCCCCGGCACCGGCAGCACCUCCGGCACCUCCAGCAGCACCAGACCUGCAUCAGAAUUCCUGAAGGCCAUCAUGCUUUCCAAGCUGACCCGCUGCCAGCACCUCGCUGUUCUCUGCCGAGGUCUUCAUUCCUCACUGAGCUCUGCUACCUCAGUUGCUCCCAAAAAAACCAUUCAGAGGCCUCUCUCCUCAGAUUUAAUCUUUGAACGUGAGGCCAAAUAUGGUGCUCACAACUAUCACCCACUGCCUGUUGCUCUGGAAAGAGGAAAAGGUGUUUACGUGUGGGAUGUUGAAGGUAGGAAGUAUUUUGACUUUCUGAGUGCUUACAGUGCAGUCAACCAAGGCCACUGUCACCCAAAGAUUGUGGAUGCUCUGAAAUCCCAGUCUGAAAAACUGACCCUGACAUCCAGAGCAUUCUACAACGACGUCCUUGGGGAAUAUGAGGAGCUGGUCACCAAAAUGUUCAAUUACAACAAAGUUCUUCCAAUGAACACAGGAGUGGAAGCUGGAGAAACUGCCUGCAAACUGGCUCGGAAAUGGGCCUACACUGUGAAAGGAAUUCCAAAAUACAAAGCUAAAAUCAUUUUUGCAGCUGGCAACUUCUGGGGCAGGACAAUGUCUGCCAUCUCCAGUUCUACUGACCCAUCCAGCUAUGAUGGCUUUGGGCCCUUCAUGCCGGGAUUUGAACUGAUCCCAUACAAUGAUCUACCAGCUCUUGAGCGGGCCCUUCAAGACCCCAACGUGGCAGCUUUCAUGGUGGAGCCAAUUCAAGGGGAAGCAGGUGUGAUUGUUCCUGACAAAGGCUAUCUCACAGGAGUGAGGGACCUCUGCACAAAGCACAAUGUUCUGUUUAUUGCUGAUGAAAUACAGACUGGUUUAGCCAGAACAGGGAAAAUGCUGGCUGUUGACCAUGAAAAUGUGAGACCUGAUAUAAUUCUUCUUGGAAAGGCCCUUUCUGGUGGCUUAUACCCUGUCUCAGCAGUGCUGUGUGAUGAUGAAGUUAUGCUGACCAUUAAACCUGGUGAACACGGAUCCACGUAUGGAGGAAAUCCAUUAGCUUGCCGUGUGGCAAUGGCAGCACUGGAGGUAAUUGAAGAAGAAAAUCUGGCAAAAAAUGCAGAAAUAAUGGGCAAUCUGCUAAGAAGUGAGCUCAUGAAGACUCCAUCUAAUAUUGUGACUGCUGUAAGAGGAAAAGGGCUCUUGAAUGCAAUCGUAAUUCGGGAAACCAAAGACUACGAUGCCUGGAAGGUGUGUCUGCGGCUCCGCGACAACGGGCUCCUGGCCAAGCCCACGCACGGCGACAUCAUCCGCCUGGCCCCGCCCCUCGUCAUCAAGGAGGAUGAGAUCAGAGAGUCCAUCGAAAUCAUCCACAAGACCAUCCUGUCCUUCUGAAAACAUGGCUCUUACAGCCUGGCUGCUGACUGGUCCAACGGAGUGUGUUCAAAUGUGCGUGAUGAAGGCCUGCUCUUGAAGCAAGCAUCUCUCAUUCCUUUUAUCUAAGAGGACUUGACUAUUAAAACAUAGCUGUAUCUUUAAAUUAUAAUAGCUCUGUAGAAAAUACAGAAUGAUUUUAAAGACUUUCCAGUCUUUAAAUACUUGGAAAUAAAGUUCUGUACAUACUGAAUAACUAAGUUGG